UGUGCCGCCGGCAGCCAGGGAAACGGGGAGCAGCACCGGAGCACUGGGGUGGGGACAGGCAGCAGCUGAGCCGGGAAACGUGGCUAGAGGUAGCGGCCUGAGGAGAAGCCGGGCUGCGUAGAAGGGCAGGACGAAACGGGACACCAGUGUGCAAGCAGACCCAAGAAUCCAUCCCUGGUGCUGGGCCAUCCUGGGGGAAUGGGAGGAGCCCCUUCGGAGGACAAUAAACUCUGGAAUGAGGGUGUGGGCUGCUGCUCCUCGCUCCCCCCCUCAUUCCACAUGCAUGAUGAUACCAUAUCCCUCCAUCUCGCUGGCUCUUCUUGGGGUUUUUUCUCUCUUUUUUUCUUCUUUUUUUUCUUUUUUUUUUCUCUUUUCCCAGAAAUUGUAUUUUGAAGACAACCAAAAGGAGAACGUGUUCUGGGUGUGGCUGCAUGUGAUUUACCCAAUAGCCAAAGUGGGGGGGCGCCGAAGGGGAAAAACAGAGCGUCUGCUGCUGAAGGGAGUGGAAGCUGAGGGCUGCAGGAUGAAGACCUCUGGAACCUGUAUACUCUUUUGUGUCUUAACACUCUUCUUGUCCCCAGCUGACUGGUUUCCAUGGAUGGUCAAUGGGCAAGAACUGGAAAGUGUAACUGGUGGAGUUACCCCUGACAGCAGCUCUGGUGCAGCUGUCACACCACCUGCGCUUCUUCCUCCUGUUCAGUCUGACAGCGAAACGUCAACAGCUUCAUCAGACUGUCGGGAGGAAAAGUUCCCUUGCACGCGAAAGUUCCCUUGCACGCGCCUGUACUCCGUUCACAAGCCAGUAAAGCAGUGUAUCAGCUACCUCUGUGUUACAAGCGUGCGUCGCAUGUACAUAAUAAACAAGGAGGUGUGCACUCGCAUUGUCUGCAAGGAGAAUGAGGUCAUGCAAGAUGAGAUCUGUCGCCAGCUGGCUGGUCUUCCUCCUCGACGUCUCCGCCGAUCCGGGCAGCCCCUGCCUCUCCCUUGCAGACAGCUGCUGGAGCAGCAGCGCAGGCCUGGUGCUCUGUGAGCUACCAACAGCAGGAGAGGAAAAGGGAAGUCAUUAUCCACUACCUACAGUCCAAGACAAGUGCUUCUUGUUUGUGAUUCCCCCAUCAUUUCCUUGCUUCUAUGCCUUCUUCUACAUCCUCUUCUUCAGGUGCUGCAGUGCACAGAGUACCCUCUCUGCUAGUCUGUCAUGGUACCUGUUGUCAUCUUUAUAAUCUAUUGCUGAGAAUGUGAGAUUCUCUCAUCUUUUCUCUCACACUGCCUGGCAGGCUGUGAGCUGCUCAUUUCCCAGAGGUCCUUAUAAAUGUGGUGCACCUUCUCUUGCUUUGCCCCUGGAGAGAGAUAGAAAUGAGGACAAGAUGUAGUCCUCCCCAGUGGUUCAGAUGCCCUAAGCUGCAGCUCAUCUCACCUUCAUGCCCUAGGACUCCUGCCCUAGAUUUCUUGCCUGGCAUCAGCAUGAGCUCGGAUGUGGUUGGCCAGCCUCUCCAAUUCUCCCGAGCCACUGAGUUUGUUGUGUGAUAGCACAUUCUCCUCCUUGUGUCUGCUGGCCUCAGGGAAGUGUCAGAGCUUGGAGAUGAGCUGUCCUGAACCCAAGGCAGACCUCAUUGUCCCUGAGUGGCAACAGGUCAUUUGUAACUACCUCUGGGAAGUUUUUGUCUCAAGUCCAUUGCCUCCCUCACACACAUCUGCUACCAAAAGGAAAAAUUGUGGAUUUAGUAUGGCAUUAUAUUUUUCUCAAGAAGACUAUGUUGGAUCAGAGUUCUGCAUCUUCUACUCCUCCUCUCCUUUCCCCUGUUCUUGCCCCUCUCUUCCCCCUGAAGACAUCUCUUGACACCCAUUCCAGGAAAGUUCCAGGGAGCAGAAAUUACAGCUGCCUCCACUCCUAAGCCCAAGAAGAACCUGUGUGAGCUGACAUAACCUGUGACCUUGCAAUGAAUUAUCUUGUCACAGUGUCUUAUCUUGGUCUGGCUACCUCCACACUCUCCCGUUACUGUGCCUGCUUUCAAUCUCCAGCUGAGUUCCUACCUCCUGACCUGGAAGCUCCUGCACAAAGCAGAAAGGAGUAGCAAAUUGGAAUUGGAUGUGGGAGCAGAAUCAUUAUCUGGGACUGCUGUUUAUCUGGGACCUGGGAUUUUCCUGCAGUCUCUCACUGUGCUGGCCUGCACAGAGCCAGGUGCUGAUGGGGAAGGUAAACAUAUCUGCAGGUAUAAGCACUUAUACAGGCCAGCCUGGGCAGAAGAAUUCACUGUGGCAGCACUGAAUGUCUGGUCUGCCCAAGGACUUUGUUUUCUAGAUAUAUGGAGAACAUAUCCAGCUAUAUGGCAGUUUUAAUGAUGAAACCAGGUAGGGUAAAUGGGGAAGAGCAGUCAGAAUUGUAUUAAUCACUCCAUGUUACUCUUAGUGGCAUGAUUCUGUGGGACACCAGAGGAUCAGCAAGACCCUGUCUCUAGGAUCUCUGGGUUGUUCCCAAGUAACUGUAAGCCAGUUUGCUAGAUUUGGCAUUUACUCCCCUCACAUGAUAAACUCUUCUGCUGAACAGAGACCAUUCAGUCUUGUAGGAGCACUGCCCUGUUGCACAGAGCCAGGGUCACACAGUACUGGGGAUGGUUUGCUGCACAGAGGCAGACGUCUCAGAAAAAGAACAAAACCAUUAGUGUAGGACCACCUCUCCAGGACCUGCAUUUUUGCUGUAUGCAACAAGAAGCUGGCUACAUCCUCUGUGUAGGGGAAGACACCCUCUGCAGACAGAUUACAUAUCUGAGAUCAAAAUUAGCCCUAGGUGGGCUAAAUCUCUCUAUAUUAAUCCAGUAUACAGGAGAAAGAAUUCCAAAUCACACAGUGACUAGAAUUUUGUCCUACAUAUAGGAGCACUGCACUGCUACUCAGAGGAUGAUGCUCCUAUCGAGUACUCCAAGCUCAUGAGACUAGGAAUGAAGGAAGAAUUUCUUUGUACUGAGAGGGUGCAUAUUUCUGUAGAGAUGAGGGUACUGAGAGCUUCAUCUCAAAGACAUUCAAGCCACUAGCAGCCACUGGCUUCCAUGCUGGGAUACCUGUGAAAAUUGCCUGUGUGGAGGAAGGUAGGAUGGAGAUGGGAUGUGAGAUCUUGGAAACUGGACUAGGUCAAAUAUGCACUCUGUAUUUAGAGGUGAAUAUACAUUGCUAUAGAUACAUAACUGGGUAACAUAGCUACUGUACAGCAUAUAGAAAUUUAACUUUCAUACAGGUUGGGAAGUGGUUAGAAGCCUUUCUGUUGCUUGCUUUCAGCAGUGACAGGAAGAGGUGCUCCUGUCCAGGAGAACACUGUUUUAAUGCUAGAGUCUAUAUAAUCCAUAUUAAAAGAAAAUUUAUUUCCUGUUA